AUGCCUCAGCGUCGCUCCCACUUCCCCAACGCCUCCCCCAGCUCCACCCCCUUAAAGCGGGCCUCCGAAUCCACCAUUCCCUCGCGCCAAUCCAAGCGCAUCAAGUCCUCCCCUAUUACCUCUUCAAAGACUACUCCCAAAAAGAGCCCUUACUUCGAGCACCCUGACAGCUCGGAUCCCGAGUCCGAGUCCGAUAUCGAAAAGGAGGCAUCUGGGUAUGAGGACGAGGAUGAAUCUGCAAGCCUGAUGUCAUCGCCGCCGGAGAGCGAUAUUGAAGACGACGCAGAUGGAGAUGCGAGUGAGAACAAUGCGCCUAAAAAGGGGAAAAGAGGGAGACCAGCGAGGAGCAAUGGCCAUAGCGGGGUCGCCAGCACAGGGAAGAAGGGGCAAGAGCUGUGGAGGCUAGGCGCGAAGAUCGAUGCCGCACCUGGAGAAGCGGUCUUCAUCAGACUGCCCAAAGCGAGGGAGGCGGGCAAGGUACCAUAUACGGACAGCACCGUACACCAGAACACGAUGCUGUUCCUCAAGGAUCUGCGGGCCAACAACGACCGCGAAUGGCUCAAGAUGCACGAUGCAGAUUAUCGACAGUCGAAGAAGGAUUUCGAUUCCUUCGUCGAGUGCCUCACAGGGAAAGUGAUUGAAAAAGACGAAACGAUCCCAGAGCUACCGCCCAAAGAUCUCACUUUCCGCAUCUAUCGUGACAUUCGCUUCUCCCCAGACCCAACGCCUUACAAAACGCACUUCUCCGCUGCUUGGUCACGCACCGGAAGAAAAGGGCCGUAUGCGGGUUACUAUGUCCAGGUGCAGCCUAACGGAUCAUUCGUGGGAGCUGGUGUCUGGCAUCCAGAAGCGCCGCCUCUGGCGUUGAUGCGGCAGGACGUCGACCUCAAAAGCCACAGGAUCAAGGCGGUGCUGACGGCGGCAGAGCUCAGAAAGGCCUUCUUUGGCGGAAUAGCGAAUGACGAGAAGAAAGCUGUGAAGGCGUUUGUGGGUAUGAACACGGAGAAUAUGCUGAAGACGAAGCCCAAGGGUUACGAGAAGGACAAUCCUAACAUUGACCUGCUGAAAUUGCGGAAUUAUACUAUUGGCAAGAAGCUGAAGGACGAAGAGGUGCUUGGCCCUGGAGGUCUGGGGAGGAUUGGGGAGCUGAUUGGGAUCCUGACGCCUUUUGUUUCGUAUCUGAAUAGUGUAGUCAUGCCCGAUGAAGAGCCAAGCUCUGAGGAAGGAGAGGAAGGAGAGGAAGGAGAAGAAGGAGAAGAAGGAGAGGAAGGAGAGGAAGGAGAGGAAGGAGAGGAAGGAGAGGAAGGAGAAGAAGGAGAAGAGGAUGAGGAAGAGGCAGAUGAGUAG